AAUGAGAGGAGGCACCUGCUAUUUAAAACACACACAGGGCCAUGGCAUCCUCACGGCCUCGAAGGAUUCCUUAAUCUCUUGAACAUUUCUCGUACUGUAGGAGGACGACAGCAACAAGAUGUUUCCUGUGUGUGGUUUGGUGCUGUUGCUGUGUCUUCAGUGUGGAGGGCUUUGCAGUGCCUUUCAUAUAGCGGAGACACUGACCGUUCAGGUGGACUAUGGGCAGCCUGCCCUCUUACACUGUAAUGGCUCAGCUUUCCUCGAGGAGGAAGGAACUGUCCACUGGGAAGCAAUGGGGCAAGAUGUGGCGAUUCUGGCGGAAGGCGAGCCAAUAUUGGGGGAACAUUUUGAGGGCCGGGUCCAGGUGCCUCCAGAUGAGCAGUUCAGGGAAGGAAACUGGUCAGUAGUCCUCAACCAAACAAUGCUCAGCGACACAGAUAUGUAUGAGUGCAUCUGGCAAGGAGGAAAAACCAUAUCAACAGUCUGGCUCACAGUCAGGGAGCCCAAAGUUGAGCGCUCCAUUACAGUACAUGAAGGCACCGGGGUCGACCUAGCAUGCUACAUUCAUGUCUCCAAAACUGUGCCUUCAUAUAUGGAAGUGUGGUGGACCAGGAAUGGCAGUACCCUCAUAUCGAUAAAAAACGGUUUACUAUUCACUCAUCAGUCGCCUGAUUCUGAUACUCUUCUAAUGAACGUCACUGAUGAGGAGUUUCGUCUGUAUAUGACAUCAACAAUGAGUGACAGUGGAGAGUACCAGUGCUGGUAUAGAACCAGGGAGUCUGACAGUCCCAAGCUUGGGAUACCAGAAAGUAUCACACUGACUGUGCUGGAAGGUUUUGAUCCUGAUAACCUGAUUACAACAACAGAGGACUGGGGCAGUACAUCCCACUGGACUGUAACACCCUGGACAGAGGACGUGACUGAAACCACUGAAUCCCACCAUGACUUUACACCUGUUCUCCUGGAAGACUCCACACAACCAAUUCCAGUAGUGACAGAGUCACGGCUGAUGGAAGCCUUUGAGGAGAUGGUGACGUUCUUUCCAGAUGAAGACGCCCCAUCUGAGUCUGAGUUGGACGACCUUCCUUGGAUUCGGAUUGGACUCAUCAGUGGAGUCUUGCUGGUCACAGCAGUGGUUCUGUGUGUUCUGGGAGCUCUACGGAAAAUUUAAAACAUCCAGUGGGGUUCUCACCUCUGCUGUUAAACUGCCCUACAUACUUGACAGGGUCUGGGUCGGCGUCUGAGCUGGACACGCAAGGAGGAGCUUCUUGUUUGAAGAGAGGAGUUGCUGCAGUUGGGUUCACAGCAGACAAUGAACCAAACUGUACAUUUGAAUGAUGCAAACGAUUUUAAGUUCAUAUCCGGGAGCUGUAAUGCCAAUUGUCAGAUUUUUGUAAUGGCUAGAAUACUGUACAUGAUCUACAUGUUGUUUAUUAAACUGGAAAUGUAAAUGUU